UAUUUUUUUUAACUAAAAUCAAUUACAUUUGCAUGCAUGUUACGCUAAAUUUCAAACGUUUGUGUUAAUUAACAAAACGUUAUCUAUACAAAUUUUUGACCGACCAGAGAGAGCGAUCGGCGAGAUAUCUUUUGUUGCGGCCUUUUUUUCGUGAAAAAAACUAGAAAGUUGAUCAAGUCACUACUAUUUGCUAGAGCCUCAAAUGCCAGCCAUGGAAUCUCUCAUCCCGACUCAUGAGCAAUGGCGGUUCUAACUUCUAAUGUAUGAUUGGAUCCUAGACAAAGCGUUUUAAGAAGACUGAUGAUCCUAGAAUGUUGGAGUAAGUUGUGUUUGAUAGAUCGAGAGUAUUAGGAUUUAGGAUGAUGCUCAUCAUCAUCAGCACGAACCUUAGAGAAAAUCGCAUCAUAACUUGGUCUCGAUCUCUCUAUUCCGUACGCAAAACAGAAAAGUGAAUUUUCUUCUUUCUUUUUUUGUUUAAAAAAAAAAAACUGAUUAUCUUUUCUUGUUAGGGAAUAUUGAUCAAAAAUGAUAUUUGAGAUGUUGAGUGUUACAAGCCCUAAGAGGUUUCAUCUACACAAUCCAAAAUUGGGUAAAUUAUAAACGAAAAUAAGUAAGAAAAUUGAGGAAGAAGGAAAAGAGAACAUCAUUAGUUAGCGAUUAUAAUUUGUUUAAUCUUUUAAUAAUGUAGGUUGAAAUUUGGGUCUGAAGACCUCUAACCAGCAAUUAUUUAGUGCAAUUAGUUUGAAAGGAAUAAUUGACUACCAAAAAAUUCAAAGUCAAAAUUUGAAGAACACUAUAUAAAAUAAUGAUCAGAAGUUUUUAAUUAGGAAAACAGUUCAUAGCCAUACUAACAAAAUAAGCCUCAACACCGACGAAUGGUAAUUUUUAUUUAGCAAAUAUAAUUGGGAUUGACGUAAAACUAUUGUGUGGUUAAUGAGACUUGCGAUGCCCCUGAGCUGUCAAUUUGUAGUGCUGUAAAUAGCAAGACAAGGUCAAUUGCGUUAAAACAGAUCAUGUUGAUAUGUACUGUCGCUAUUCAUAUGAUUUCCCUUAAUCUCUUUAAAUCACAUAGUCGAGUUUUGUGUUGUUAAAACUAACUAUUACAGUGUAUAAUUCCACACCCAUCACUAUAAAAUACAACAUUUCCUGAUCACUAUACCCAUGUUUAUGAUUGAGAUCAAAAUUUUAUUCAUCGAUCAGUAAUUCUGUUUGGAUCGUUAAUAUGUGUACGGACGACGGUAGACAGAGAUCAAGCAUAAAAACAUCAUAAUAUUUGUAUCCAAACGAAAUUGUGUUUUAGUAUUUUCAGGGGUUUCGAUUAAUAACUUUCUUGUUUUAUUAACAUCAUGAAUUAAACUUUGAUGACACGUUAAAAAAAUUACAUGACAUGUAGACUAAAUUCUUUGUGUUAUACAUGAUUUUGCUUUUCUUUUGAUUAUUUCUUACAUUUCAUUAGAACUUAACGUCAAAAAACUGUAGAAGGGAUAAAAAGGAGAUAUCAUGUGACAUGAAUACAUGUCACGGUGGAAACCUAAGACCAUUAUAAUUUCACACCAUAUGUGUGGCCACCACAAAUGUAUAGAACAGAUGCGUAGUACAUAUAUAUGAAUGUGUUUGUCUCGAACGUUCAUUUUUAAUUGUUUGUAUGAAAAGGCCAAUUCAAUUAUGUUCGUCUAGUAAGCUCCAAACUGUCUUCCCAAAAUAGGAAGGCAAAGAAGAACAAGUUAAGAAGCAACCUCGUCACCACUUAUGGUUAUGGUAUGGACAAUUCCUCAAAACACUAGCCUAUCAAAGAUGCUCUCUCGCUACUUUUCCAAAGUCAAAAGUCAAUUUUCAAAAUUUUGCGUAACCAUUUUAAUAUGUAUAUUGAACUAUACUCCAUAAUCUAAACCUAAUUCGGAUACUUUACUCAGUUUCCUUUUGAUUAAAAUGUUAAAGUGAUGCAAGAGUAGAAAAUGAAGGGGAAAUAAUCAAAUACUCCUGAAUAUACAUGACUCUUCUCUUAAAAACAAACAUCUUAUAAUCAUAAAAUUAUAAUUUAAGUUUAGAAUGUUCAAUAUUUAAAACAAGCUAUAACUCUUAAUUAAAGUAAAUUUACUAGAGUUUACCUAAAAAUAAUAUUAUAAUUUCAAAUUAUUGAAUCUAAGAAGAGAAUAUAAUCAUUUUAGUUUGUUUCACUAUCAAGCAAAAUAAUAAAAACAAUACGUAAAAUAAAAGGCAACGUAUUUGAAAAGGUCAGAAGGGCAUAUAUACUACCACGCGUUCCCGCAGCUAAAAGGGACCGCACUUUGAUUAUUUCGCUAGUAUAUAUCAGGGCUUAUUUCGUCUCAUUUCUAUCACUCACAUCAAAUAUAUUCAGCUCAUCAAAUCACUUAUCCAUUAGCUCUUUACAAAAUUUGUUUUAAGUGAGAAAACUUCUUGUUAUAACACUACUAUGGCGAUCUUCAAGAUUCUUGUGUUGCUAUUAUUAAGCUUCUCUUGUUUCUGUCAAGCACAGCUCUCUCCUACUUUCUACGACCAAAGUUGCCCAAACGCUCUAUCAACCAUCCGAUCCUCAAUCCGAACCGCCAUCAGCCGUGAACGUAGAAUGGCUGCUUCUCUCAUCCGUCUCCAUUUCCACGACUGCUUCGUUAACGGUUGUGAUGCAUCGGUCAUGCUCGUGGCAACUCCUACCAUGGAGAGUGAGAGAGAUGCAGUCCCGAACUUUCAAUCAGCGAGAGGGUUUGAAGUUAUCGACCAAGCCAAAUCAGCUGUUGAGAGAGUGUGUCCUGGUGUCGUUUCUUGCGCUGAUAUCAUUGCCGUUGCUGCUAGAGACGCUUCCGAAUACGUCGGAGGUCCAAAGUAUGCAGUAAAGGUUGGCCGGAGAGAUUCCACCGCUGCGUUUAGAGCUAUAGCAGACAGUGGCGAUCUCCCCAGUUUCAGGGCAAGUCUCGACGAGCUCUCUGAUCUCUUCCUUCGGAAAGGUCUCAACACUAGAGACCUUGUCGCUCUCUCAGGAGCUCAUACAUUAGGGCAAGCUCAAUGCGUAACGUUCAAGGAAAGGCUGUACGACAACUCGAGUGACAUCGACGCCGGUUUUUCGAGCACACGUAAGCGUCGCUGUCCGGUCAACGGUGGGGAUACAAAUCUAGCACCUCUUGAUCAAGUGACACCAAACUCGUUCGACAAUAACUAUUACAGAAGCUUGAUGCAGAAGAAAGGACUUUUGGCGAGUGAUCAGGUUUUGUUCGGAGCCGGGGCUUCUACGGACAGUAUUGUGUCGGAAUAUAGCAGAAACCCUUCUAGAUUUGCGUCUGAUUUUGGAGCUGCAAUGAUCAAGAUGGGAGAUAUUCAGACACUCACCGGCUCAGCUGGACAAAUCCGAAGGAUAUGCACUGCGGUUAAUUAAUACUUCUCUCCAGGAAAGUUUGAUGACUUUGUAAAAUUCAUGUUAUUAUUUUUUACAUUUACCCAUUAAAUUUGUUUCAUUGUUGUAAUUGUAUGUAACUGAUUUCUUCAAUAAUCCAUUUGUCAUCUGAAUAUUAUUGGAAUAAAAAUUUAUGUUUUUCAUAUA